UAUUUACAGGGCUGGCCGCUAUUUAAAGCCUUGGUUUGUUUAGGAAGCAGAGCAGUGGGUGCUGGGCCGCUUAGGGGAUGAGGCCGGGCAGCCCUGGCUGGGGGGUCUGGGGCUGGAGAGCCUGCUGGCCAUGUGAACAGGGGACCGAUGAGUCCCUCUGGGGGAGCGGGGGAUGUAACUUGGCCUGUUCACCAGCCGUUUGGGGGGGGGCACAUGGUGGGGGGAGCCUGAACCCCGCUGGCGGCCCCAGCCACACAGCGGGCUCCUCAGAGGUGCCCAGGCCACCCGCCGUCCAGCGGGGACAGCGGCGGGCCGCCCGGCCUCCGUGCCCCGGGCGGGGCUGAGCCGCUUGACCUCGGAGGGCUGGCCUCCUCCAGGAUCUACGGUCGGGGCCUGGUGUUGCAAGCCACAGGGUCUCGCACAGGGGCAGCCCAGGGGACGCUGAGUGGCCACAAAGGUUGGCUGUGCUCCCAUGCGCCUGGAGCGGGGGGAGGGAGCCGCGGAGGGACACGUGGGAAGGUUCCCUGCAAAAGGGAGCGGUGGGGACGCGCAGAGAGACCCAGAAAGCGGGAGGCGCACAGGGCCGCAGCCGGAGCGAGACAGGAGGACAAAGACAGAGGUGGCGGCAGCGAGACAAAGGGGGGGACCGGAGAGCCGCGAGCGGCCCGGCCGCGCGGAGAAGGCGCGCGCGGCCGCCGACAUGUGUGUGGUGAGGCUCAAGUUCAAAAGGGAGGGAAGAGGUGGUUUGACGACCAAAGUCAUUGAAAAAUUUCUGGCGCAGCUGCCCCGAGGCUCCUGGCCACGGGCCCGGCUCGGAGCUGAACUUAAACAAACCCCUGCAGCAGCCAUCUGCUUGAUUUUAAAAUAAAUCAAACAGUCUGCUGAGCCGGGAUCGAGUUUCCAUCUGUGCCGCCGCCCGCUCGCCGGCUUGGAGCCGCGCUUGCCUCUCCCAGCCAAGGCUCCUGGCAACAUGUGGGCUGGUAAUUCCUCCAGGAGCAGGGAAACUGGGCCCCCGCCGCCCCCAGCUCCUAACUGAAAGCAAGUGCUAUUUUUACAGCCACCCACUGGAGCGGGGGGCCCCAGCGGGGCUCGGGAAACCCAGGCACGGGGUUAACGCUGAGCUGCCUCCAGCCCAGAGGGGUGGGGGACGCGCCAUGGGAUGCCCCCCUCUGCCUCCAGGAAAGGGGGACGACCGACCUUCAGAUGCAAAGGCUUUCGUACCGAGAAGCUUCCUCCGGUUUGCCCGGCCAGCACUUUCCUCCUCAGCCCCAAAUGCAGCCCAGAAAGGAAGACAAGCCGAUUCCACAGAACCAGCCACAGAAAAUCUCUGUGGGGGAGACCAAAGCCUCCGUUCCCACACGACUGGCUCGGCGCAGCUGCCAACAGCCAGCUGACCUCCGCCCCCGGAGCCUGUGAGCCUGAGCUGCCUGCGGACGCCGGCCUUCCCACCCCGGCCGAGGGGCUCCUCCAACGCUCCUUGCUCCUAAGAGAACCUCAGCUCAGAGUCAGAGCCCAGAAGAUGACCUUCAAGGUCGUGGGGUCCCCUGGAGGGCACUCCUGCUGGGUGCGAGCCCAGGCUCUGGGCUCCCCCGGCCUGGGGCGUGUUUCUCACACGGAGGGACCAGCCUUGCUGACUAAUGCACUAGGGGUGGGGGGACAGCCAGAGGCAGCAGCCAUGGCCCUGGGACACUUCUGGAAAUGUACCCUAUCAGCAUGAAAACUGUGAACGUGCAGGAAGAUGUCCUUUGCACUGUUAUUUAUAAGAGUGGGGGGAACCGUCUACACGUCCAACCAUAAGGUGCAGUUAAUAAUAAAACCCAGACAGCCCCCUUCACACGCCGCUGGACAUGCUCAGCUAUCACCCUGUGGGUGCUGGACGCCCCUAUGGACGUCUACUGCUCAGGCUGCCGUAACCAAGUACCAGGCUGGCGGAUCCAAACAACAGAGAUAUAGUUUCCUCACAAUCCUGGAGGCUGGAAGUUGGAGACCAAGGUUGUUGGCAGGUUUGGUUCCUUCCAAGGCCACUCUCUCCUCGGCUUGCAGAGGACCAUCUUCUCCCUGUAUAUCUCACGGGGUUUUCCCUGUGUGUGUGUGUCCUAAUCUCUUCUUCUUACGACGACACCAGUCCUAUUAGAUCAGGGCCCACCCUAGUGACCUCUGUAAAGACCCAAACAGAGUCAAACACAGUCACAUUCUAAGGUGCUAGGGUUAGCAGUUCAACCUAGGAAUUUGUGGGGGGCAUACAAUUCAGCCCACGACAGGUAUCCUCCACCCAACGGAAGCCAUUUGACAGGCCAUGUGUCAAGUGACACUGGCACCAAGGUGACACAGAAAGAUCCCAUUGGCUCCCAGGAAGGAAGCCUUACCUUAUCCGAAAGGCUCUACCCCACGACGCAGCAUCAAAGCCAAGGAAAGGGCCCGGGGCAGCUCCCGGCUCCAAGUCUCAGGAGCUGGGUGGCCUUGCAGAGGUGACCCCACACCCACCUCGUAGGUCCUCAAUAUCAGAGGCCAGGCUCCCUGGUUCACCUGGCAGGGGGGGCCUGGUCUACACCCCUCCACCCUCACUACUGGCCUCCUUAGGAUCGAUGGUGACAAUCCAGCUCCACACAGGACAACAAGGUGUCACCCAUGAAGGCCUUGCAAGGCAGGCCCCUCCGGUUCCCAUCACCCCAAGGGCAGCUGUAGAAAUGCCGCCCCAUUUCACAGAUGGUGGAAGCGAGGCUGACACAGCCAGCGGCCUGUCCAAGGUCACGUGGCACGUUAAUGCCUGCCUCACAUUUAACACCAAGACGACUCGGUGACAGCAAUAACGCGUGUUUCAAUGGGAGGGGUCCCAUCACCUUGUGAACACAGCCGUACCAGCUUUCCAAGUCCUCUUCCAGCCUGGACUUACAUGGACAUUUUUCUUUAAGGCUGUAAUCAAGACACGUGUACAAUUUUGUGCUCUGCUUAUUUUGACUCAGCAUUAGAUCAUCAGCUUCUCUGUGUUGAAAUGGGCUCCAUGGCUGUCAUUUUAAAGCCACAGAAUAUUCCACCCCCAGGGGUACACAACAGUUUGCCUAACUGUAUUUCAUUGUUGGAUGUUCAGAACUUCCCCACCAUUAUAAAUAACAGUGCAAAGAACAUCUCUGUGUGUCUUAUCGUUAUCGUUCUUGCAAGUUCAUUCCUUUGGAUGCAUUUCUAGAAAUGGGAUUAUUGGGCCAAAGUAUGGAGUGUUUUUAAAAGCCCUGGAUACACACUGACAAAUGGUUUGGGGAACAGACAAUAUGAUACAGAUUUGUGCUGCCACCAGCAAUACAAAUGAGCCAUAUUUUGCAAAUUCACCAGCACCAAGUCGUAUUUUUUCUGAUAUUUUAAUAGUUUUCAAGUAACUAUUUCCCCAUAUAUUACUUGUGUCCUCUCUCAUUUGAAUCACCUGUCCAAAAUUCCCAGUCUUUUUGACAGCACCCUGGGAGGCCAGAAAGUUCAGAAGCAGCCUCGGGUGGCCCAACGCUUCAGGACGCCAAGGGAUCACUUUCUGUGCCUGAUCAGUGGCAAGGGACAACCUCUCCCAGUGACCCUUCAGCCACAGCUGCCCCUACCGCCAGGACAAGUCCAGCGGGCAAUG